AUGCCCCGUCAGAACAUUGUCACAACGGCCUGCGAUGCAUGUCGUCGUCGCAAAGUCAAGUGCGACACUCAGCAACCUUGUACGAGAUGCCAAAGUGCCGGUCUCGUAUGUCGUACGACAUCCGUUCCACGCAAGAAAGGUCGCCAAGGGGCAACGGCGACUGUCCUUCAAGAGCUGCGCAAGUCCCCAGCGCAAACUGAAGCUCUAUCGACACCGUCGCCCCGGGAAUAUGGGUUAGGUGGUUGCUUUAUUAGAAGCCCGGGACUCCUGACCCCAACAGUUAUUCAGAGCUGUGCGGAGUACUUCUUCGCGCGCAUGCUCGGCACAGUACCCAUUCUUCUUCCUGCCUUAUUUCAAACGCAUGUUGAUCGCAUGGUUGAAAGCUUACAUUCAUACUGUCUUGUCUGUGCCUUUUGCGCGUUUGUAUUCACGCAAACGGGGUACGCGUCCUGGCAUAACCCGACAAAUCCAUCAUCGGCACUUGGACGAUCCUUACUAGAGGAAGCCAUGACCGCUCGCCGGCACCUUGAUCCAUUUACUGCGCCUAGUCGCCUUGGUAUCACGAUCUCUUUCCUGCUUUACGGCUGUCAGAUUGGAAUGGGCAACCAACGGCAGGCUUAUUAUUUUCUACGAGAGGCCACCACUCUCUACACAGCGGGGAUUCUGGAUCAACCUGGUACAGAAGUAGACGAGGACCCUGGUAGCCUUUUUUGGCUCCUCUUAAUUUCGGAAAGAGCGCACGCUAUUCGAAGACACCGCCCUAUCACCUUGGAGAUUACCCCGGAUAGUCCAGUUCUGGACGACACACACUCCGAUGCAUUCAGUGUCGGAUUUCGCUGUCUCGCGGACCUUUAUCGGCCCUUCAACCAGUCGUUUCUCAGUCACUGGAACGGCACCGAAACCUCCUUUUCAAGGGAGCUGCUUAUUCAAUUGGAGGAGCGCCUGCGGCAAGCAGUCCCUACCGAUAUUGAGCUCCCUGAUAUCCUUCUGGCAGAUCUCCGCGUGUCGCAGCAAUGGCUCCGGACCAUGAUCUGGCAACUUGCCACAACUGCUGGGUUUCUCUCAAGUACUCCGUCACACCCGUGCCUGGACUUCCGCUAUCCGCUGCAGAUCGCCCAAGAACUGUCCCUGGCGACAUGGAAGCUAUCUCGGGAGAGUAUGGAGACGCACGGUGUAGACGUAAUGGCGUGUCUAUCACACUCCAGACUGCGCGCAUCAGGAUUCGACCUCGGUCCUCAGGACUAUCUCAAACAUCUCUGUACACUGAUCCACGGUCUACCGGGUGGAGAUACAAAGUUUCUUCCACUCUUACUAGCGAAGAUCGGGCAAACUCUCCCGUCAAUGUUAGCCCCCUUGAGUCGGCACCUUAGCUUGCCGCUGACGGAUUCCGCUCCGCCAGAGGCCGAGACUGUUUCACCAGUGGGGUUCGGUAAUGAUUGGGAUAAGGACUUCAAUUGGGCUGAGAUGAGUCGCAUUGGUGAUAAGACUCCGGAACUCAAGGGGACGCUGCAGUUUAGCUAG